UUCUGAAUCCCCUCAAUCGUUCGACGCAUUAUCAGUGAUUCAAUGCCAUCUUUCCCACAAAGUCUCACGGAAGCGAUGAUAUCGCCUCUGGGCGCCACAGUCGUUAACUAGUUACUUUCAAUGCCUCACUCAACUCGGGAUUCGUCAGCUCCUCGAGCUCCCUUUCUCUUCCCUGGCGAGACAAAAGGGUCCGGCCGGACGUCAAUGGAGAAGUUUCCAGACAUUGAUGCCCUUGAUGGGCAAUCUGCAUACUCAGCAAGCCCGAGUAUAGGUGGAUAUCACGGUAGACAGCCAUCUGCCGAUCGUUGGCUACCAAGAAAGGACAGUGGGUUCAGGGCGUCCUCUUGGGGAGCGCAGGCCAGCACGGGAGGGCGAGGGCAUGGCAGACAGAAGAGUCUGGGAGAUGCUUUAAAGACUAUAAGGACAAGGAGAGGGAGUGUCAGUGCCAAUGUGCACGAGAUUUCAGAUGCGCUCAAGGCGCCGGUGUCACCGAAGUUGAUUAUACUCUGUUUAGCCUGGUACAUGUCAAGUGCCUUGACCAAUACGUCCUCAAAAUCAAUCCUCAAUACCUUCCCCAAGCCGGCGACCCUCACCCUCAUCCAGUUCGCCUUCGUAGCCUCAUUCUGCCUCCUCUUCUCCUGGCUGGCCAGCAUCUUCCCCAGUCUCAAAACCCAUAUCCCCGCUCUUCGCCAUGGAAUCCGAUAUCCCUCCCGCGAUGUCUUGUUGACGACGUUGCCCCUCGCAGGCUUCUCAAUAGGGGGUCACCUCUUAUCCGCAACAGCAACGGGCAAGAUACCGGUGUCCCUAGUCCAUACGAUCAAAGGACUCUCACCUCUAUUCACAGUGUUCGCCUAUCGGGUAGUCUUUGAUAUCCGAUAUCCAGUCGCUACAUAUCUCUCCCUCAUACCCCUCACACUGGGCGUCAUGCUCGCCUGCUCCGCCGAAUUCAAAGGCAACGUCUUCGGGAUUAUGUAUGCUUUCCUUGCUACCAUAAUCUUCGUAACGCAGAACAUAUUCUCAAAACGACUAUUCAACGAAGCCGCCGCAGCUGAAGCCUCGGGUUCCCCACAGAGCCGGAAGUUAGACAAACUCAACCUCCUCUGCUACUCCUCCGGCCUAGCCUUCAUCCUCACAUAUCCCAUCUGGUUCUGUUCCGAAGGUCUCUCCCUCCUCCGAGAUUUCUUCCACGACGGCUCGCUCGAUCUCGAAACCCACAACACAGCAUUCGACCACGGUCGUCUAGCUCUAGAGCUGGUAUUCAACGGCACAUUUCACUUCGGCCAGAACAUCAUCGCCUUCGUGCUGCUCUCCAUGGUCUCGCCCGUCACCUACUCGGUCGCCUCGCUGAUCAAGCGCGUCUUCGUCGUCGUCGUCGCCAUCGUCUGGUUCCAGAACCCCACCACCAAGGUCCAGGGCCUAGGGAUCGCCCUGACCUUCUUCGGCCUGUACCUAUACGAUCGCACGAGCGGACGCAGCAAAGCCGACCGCAGGGCCAAGAUGAUGGACAUCAAGGAGGAAUCCAUGUCGAUCCUCCCACUGACGCGACCCAAUGGCCCCAGCGGCUCGGGUUACGCGACGCCCGUCCGCUCGCACGUAAACGGAUACGCGCUGAACUCAGGCUCAGAAGACAAGCGAUCAGACGAGAACGGAGGACGAGGCAGAGGCCGGAGCACGACGGCGUCUUGGCUAGCGCCGGGCACAAAGCAGGAGGAGACGUGGCGACUGACGGAAUUGGCCGCUAAUGCAAACGGGAAUGGGAAUGGCAAUGGGAAUGGGAACGGUACCCAAGCCCAUGUAUCCUGAACCGCACAGGGGAUUCAGGUGAACACAUGCACAUACACACAUAUAGAAGGGAGAGCGCAGGGCGUUUUUAUUUUAUUUUAUUUUGGAUAAGUUAACUUAUACUACGAUAGAUGAUAGAUUGGUAUUCUGGAU